AAUUUCGCAUCACUUUUUUCAGGGCUCUAUCUCUCUUUAUAGGGUUUCAUUCUGAGUCCUGACUCUCAAGUUUGGGAUCUUCUUUUAGGCCUUUGAUUAUUUCUCAUCUCAAUUUUAAAUUAAGCUUUUCUUGCGUUCUUAUUGAGGUCGAAUAAGGUUUUUUUGAGUCGAUCUUUGAAAUUUUGAGCCUUUGUUCGUCUAAAUUGUGAAACAAUGCCUCCGCGGAUGGUGAAGAGGGGUGCGGCGUCGGCGGGGCCGAAGAGAACGGCAAGAAACACCAGAGGGACCGCGAAGGCUCAGAAUCAGCCGCCGGACGCUGCGGCUGAGGAGUCGGUGAAGGUCGAGGAAGUCUCGAUUCCGGUCGUGGAGGAAGUCUCGAUUCCGAUCGUAGAGGAAGUCAAGGUCUUGGAAAAGCCAGUUGCCGUGAAACUGGAACAGGAGGCAAAAGCGGAUGCGAACGGCUUGUGUACGGUGAAAAAAGAAGACGAGGUGAAGGAGUCUGUAGAUGAAUAUGAAAAAGAUGAACGGGUGGAGCUGGAGGAUAAUGACCCUGAAGAAUAUGGGGGGGUUGAUUAUGAUGAGAAGGAAAUAGAACAUGAGGAUGUUCAGGAGGUGGGAGAUGUUGGAGAGGAAGAACAUGAGGAGGAUGCUGAUGAAGAGGAAGAGGAAGAAGAUGAAGAAGAAGAAGAAGAAGAAGAAGAAGAGGGUGAUAUGGUUGAGGAGGAAAUGGAGGAUGUUCAUGAAGAACUUGAGGGCGAAGAGGAGGAUGAGCAUACUGGUGAGGAUCAAGAGCAUGCAACACUGGUUGAUGCAGAUGAAGAGGAGCACCACGAAGUUGUGAAGGAGAGACGCAAACGUAAAGAGUUUGAAGUAUUUGUUGGUGGCUUAGACAAGGUUGCAACUGAGGAUGAUCUUAGGAAAGUUUUCGGUGCAGUUGGUGAGGUUACUGAAGUCAGGUUGAUGAUGAAUCUUCAGACUAAGAAGAACAAGGGUUUUGCAUUCUUACGUUUUGCAACUGUGGAGCAAGCAAAACGAGCUGUUACCGAGCUCAAACACCCGAUGAUUAAUGGGAAACAAUGUGGUGUUACUCCAAGCCAAGACAGUGACACCCUUUUUCUGGGUAACAUAUGCAAGACAUGGACAAAAGAAGCCUUGAAAGAGAAGUUGAAACAUUAUGGAGUUGAGAAUGUUGAGGAUUUGACGUUGGUUGAAGAUAGUAACAAUGAGGGAAUGAAUCGGGGGUUUGCAUUUUUGGAAUUUUCAUCUCGUUCAGAAGCCAUGGAUGCCUUUAAGCGCCUUCAGAAAAGAGAUGUUGUGUUUGGAGUUGAUAGGCCUGCAAAGGUUUCUUUUGCAGAUUCCUUCAUUGACCCUGGUGAUGAAAUUAUGGCACAGGUUAAAACUGUAUUUGUGGAUGGUCUGCCUGCUGCAUGGGAUGAGGACCGUGUUCGAGAGCUUCUUAGGAAAUAUGGAGAGAUUGAAAAGAUUGAGCUUGCCCGGAAUAUGCCUUCUGCCAAGAGAAGGGACUUUGGUUUUGUCACAUUUGACACUCAUGAUGCUGCAGUGACAUGUGCUAAAAGUAUUAACAAUGCAGAGCUGGGCGAAGGAGACAGCAAGGCUAAAGUUAGGGCCAGAUUGUCAAGACCACUUCAGAGAGGCAAAGGAAAGCAUGUUGGUCGCGGAGAUCUGCGAUCUAGUCAUGGGGCUGGACGAGUUGUGAGGAGUUCAUGGGGUCGUCCAACACCACGCAAUCUACCUGUGCGUGGAGUAAGAGGCAUUGGAAGUCGUGUCCCACCUGCCAGUAUGAAGAGACCUGGUGGAUUGAGAGAUAGACGCCCUGUUGUGUCCAUUCCGACAAGAGGCAGGCCCCUGGCUCCUCCAGCUAGGCCCUAUUUCAGGAGAGCGCCUGUUAAUUCAUAUCCAAAAAGUAGCCUGAAGAGGGAAUAUGGUCGGCGUGAUGAACUUCCUCCAAGGAGCAGAGCUGCUGCAAUUUAUGGUCCUAGGGCCAUCCCAGAGAGACGCCAAUCAUAUAGAGACGACUACUCAUCCCGUGGUCCUGGUUACUCUGAUGUUCCUAGAAGUACAGCACGUCCAGCACCAAGGAGGGCUUAUGUGGAUGGUGGCUAUGGCCAUAGGUUUGAAAGACCUCCUCCUCCUCCUCCAAGUUACCGUGAGGGACGUGCCCGUGAUUAUGACUCCAUGUCCGGUUCAAAACGCCCAUAUGCUGCUCUGGACGAUGUACCCCCGCGUUAUGCUGACUCUGGUGUCCGCCAAUCUAGAGCUCGAUUAGACUAUGAAUAUGGUACUGGUGCUUCUCAGUAUGGUGAUGCUUAUGGUGAUAGGCUUGGGAGAUCUAAUCUUGGAUAUGGUAGUGGCAGAAGUUCUGCUUCAAAUCAGGAUUCACAUGGGCUUUAUAGCAGCAGUCGUCAAGGCAUGACUUAUGGAGGAGGCUCUUUCAGUGGUAGUGAUGUUGGUGGAAUGUACUCGGCAAACUAUGGUGGUGAUUAUGUGUCCCGUGGAAGUGAUGUUGGUGGUAGCUCUUACUCAUCAAUGUACUCUGGUCGUGGGAUGGGUGGUAGCAGUUACAUGGGAACUGGUAGUUCUGGAUCAUAUUAUUAAGAUGCGUCAUGACAAAGAUGCUGCUCUAGGAUGUGAACUAAAUGAAGCCUAUGCAUUAUGAUGCCUACAGUGGAGUGAAUGUGACAAGUCUAAAAGCCCUUGAUAUGUUGAGGGGAUUUUUGUGGGAAAAAGGAUCUGUGUUGGUUCAAGCCAUUUUAGAAAUCUACUGAAGUGCUAGUUUUCUAAGUUGGAAUAUAUGCCUGUAAGGAAAUUUUUAAUUGUUCAGAAAUGAAGACGAAGUGUGCUUAGCAUGCUAUAUGUAUGAUCACGCAUUUUAUUUUCUGUAUGACUUCACUGGAUGGACAAAUGUGGAGGUGUGCUGCAUCAUCUGUUUUUCUGGACACAGAAUGAUGAGAUUGAGGGUUCUGUAAUUGGACAAGGAAUUUUGGGAAAUCUUCUUGUGAUUGAAUUCACUGGUAAAGUUGUGGCUCCUACCUAGACACUCUGGUUAUUUUGGAUCACUUGCUCUUUUGAAGCAAUACAGCCUUCAUUGAAUAGUAAAGUUAGUGAACCGGCUACUUCUUGAAGGUAGUAGAUAUACUGAGCUUGUUUGGAAUACCUAUGAAGUAUGGGAAAGUAAGUGGUCAUAGAAUGUUGGCCUUGAUUUUCUUUGGUUGGUAUUAUAAGCUCUGGUGCUAUUAGUAAAAAAAUGACAAAAAUGAAAUGAUUUUGAAUGAAAUCAGUUUGUUUACGCUGGUUAAUACGGACUGGGAAUUGUGUAUUUCUUUGGUUAUGGAAGAUUAUUGCUACUUCCUGACUGGUUGAGAAGACCCUAAUCAAUGAAAUGUAGAAGAUGAAACUUAAAUGGAUGGUGCUUAAUGAAGUGUAUAUAUUUUUGUUUGAGGAAUAUCAACUGAAUAUACCGUGUGAAUGGAGUUGUCUUUUGUCCUGAUUCGCACUUGUGAAUAUUAAUAUCUCACCUUGUGAGAGAUCCAUUGGAAACUUGCCCCUGCCAAAUUAUUGGUAUUUAGAGUCGUGUAGUUUAUGGAGAAGUUGAGGAUGGAGAUCCUGAUGUGUUGUGAUUUCCAUCAAUCUGAGCUUUUUUAACAAAUCAAGCAUUGGCAUUUUGUUAUCUGGAUCAUAGAUAAGUGUUGUUGCUAUACUGAUGGAGAAAAAUGUGGGUAUUUGGUCACACUUGACACUUCAUUAAGGUUUGUCCUACUGAGGUUCAUGGUUAUGCACUUUGGACAAAUCGAGCAUUCUUGACUUAUCCAUUAGGAAUAUUAGAAAUCUGCAUUACUGGUUUGAAGCUAUGCGACUCCUUGGUUUUUUUUUUUUUUUUUUUACCCAUUUUGAGAAAAAACUCGGUAGGGGUUUGGGUUGGAUACACUUGCAUUUCUAAUAACUUGAGUGGGAAUUCAAGUAUACAUUUAUCUCGUUUCCAGUUUUGCUUAGCUCACAAUUUUGUUUUGGCAGCAGAAGCCAAGUUGCCUUGAAAGUCGUAUUGCCUUUUAGGUGCUGGAGUUUGUUCUCAAUUGGAUUGUGUAUUCUGAAUUUAUAAACAAUUUCUGCAAAAAUGAAGUGUAAUGCUUGAAAUUUUGGCCCAUUAUUUUAUAUUGUGAAAAAAAAAGAGCUGCAUAAAAGAUGAAACGCCCUGUCUGUCUGUCUGUCUCUCCCAUCCACCUAUUAUUAUUUUUGGCUACCUCUAAUAUUUGGUUUUGUUACUCAAAAAGCUCCUUGCACGAGGUAUGUAUGUGGGGUUUCAUUUGAUUAUUUAUUCAAGGAUACUCCGGGGAGAGACCUACCCCACCAUGAGAAAGAUAAGAGGAGUUGUAUGGGUGGUUGGUUCUUUCCCAUAAUUUUUAAAAUUUUUAAUAAGCCUGGCUAAUCACAGUGAGUGGAAAAUCGGAAAUUGUGGAAAAGAUUGUACAGAUUCCUACCAAACCCGAGGUCCGGAGUCCGAAGAAUCAAUAUAAGUCCUGAAUCUUGAAACUCGAUGAAAUUGUGGUGGCAGAUUCAAAUUCAAGUUGGUCAUAGAAUAUUAUUAUUUACUAUAUGUUCAAAAGAAUAAAGACAAAAUAGUGGAUACUGAAAUUCAACAAACAUGGAUACAGAUUGGAAGGGUUGGCAAAAAUCAUGGUUCCAACAAAUCGCUAAUGGGCUCAGUAAUUUACUGAACCUUUGUAAGUUUUAAUUUUUUUAAAGGGAUUUGAUUUCUGGGAAAUUUAUAUAGCUCCAGAGUGGGAUUUGUAACUAUUAUUAGCCAUUAAAAUUUGUACAUACUUGGGAAAUAAGAAAUGAAAAUAUUUGAUCGCUUA